GCAAGCUUUCAGCUUGGCGGUUACAGAAUCAAAGCGCGAAUAGAACAGACUCUAGCUUUUGACUUGUUGCCCACAUACGCAUCUGGUUUCUGAAAAUUUGUGUCAGGGAAGGAUGGAUGUCGCCAUGGACGAAGAAACAAAAUCAAACUUGCUCAUGUUGUUGUCUUCGCUUUGCUGCAAGCUUAUUCCAGAGAAGUACGACUAUGGCUCGCCAAGCCUCGCAGGGAAUACUGAAGACAUGACAGAUUCGGACGAGGCCGAUCCACAUAGAAUUCACCGCGAAGGCUCGCUGUACAAUGUAAAUCCUUCAAACAUGUGGAUGUCAGCAAGGCAAUUGCGCUCCAAGCCUUCCAUGAUUUUACUGGAUGAUUAUGAAAAGGUUCCCACCGAACUUAGCGAUAACAUGAAGUUUGUCACGGACCCGACACUCGAUACCGGUGAACCUGGAUUGUUGUACUAUUCCGAAGAUGCCUUUUACGACCAGAACCAUUCUCCGGAAUAUGCUUUGACUCUAAACGAAGACAUCUAUCAGCGGCUAUUCAACGAAAUUUUUACUGCUAAGCAAGUGCCCUGUGGGCUGUAUUUCUGCUGUCACGGUGGUGACGGUGCGCACACGGGAGUCUCGCACGACGACUACGUUGACAUUCGAGUUGCUUGGAGCAUCAUGAGUGUUGUACUCGUUGCAAUGGCGUGCAUUGAAAUAAUGGCCUAAAACCGAUUUGUUUCUAAUGUAAGUGUAUUUUUCAUUUGUGC